AUGGAACAGAAUCUGAGUUGCAACAUACAAGACUGUGGUGUCCAGCUUACAACACACGCAGUGGUAACUUGCCCGGUCUGCACACAAUCUCUGAACGCGUCUGAGGUAUGCGAACAACUUCUUCAACCCUCCGAAGAAUGGAAGUCGGUAGCGCUCAGCGGCCUGAGUCCGACUGUCGUCAUGGAGUGCGCUGGAAGGGCCUUGGGCUUCUGGUCUUACCAGAUGACGAACCAGAUCUCAUACCAACUACGGAAACACAGCAAGCUGAAGGAAUACUGUGCCGAGCUGCAGGGCGAGAUUGAGAACAUCUGGGGUCAGGCCAAUCAGAGAAUCAUAACUCUGACAACCAAGAUACGAGAUAUGGAACGAGAAGAGCACUCGUUGAAACGACAAUGCGAAGGGCUUCGCCUUGCCCUCGAGAGCCGAAGCAGAGAACUUGCACAAUUCCAGGAGCUCUACAGCAAACUCAAGCAGCGAGUUCUGCAUGGUCAAGCGCAAGAGGUCCCGCCUAGUGUUUUGAGAAGCCGGACGCCUAUACGAGCACCCGGCGCUGCACCCGAAUCUCACAACCGAACACAACCACAGCUUGGCCGUCCCACGAUGCCGGCUAGCGUCAGAACGGAGAUACCCAAUUACUUCCCAGCCAGCCCUGGAUUCCCAGAAACUCAGCCCAGAUCAGAAGCUCUGGUGGAAUGGAAUACACCAGAAAUUCCUCAGCGUAGGCAUUAG